GCAGCACGACACAGGAAGUGGCCUCGUUGCAGCAUAAAGGAGACGUUCACUUCCCAACUCGCAAUUCAUGGCUCGGAGAAGAAGUCAACAGUGAUCCCGAGCAAGGCGAGGCUGGGCUGGGCGACGGGGACGCUUUCGAAGGCGGCUCUAAACGAAGGGGGGGGCCGAACGAAGCCGAACCUUUCUCAUUUUUUGUUUUAGCCUAGUCGGCGUUAUCGUGUGCUGAGUGAAAUCUGACACAAGAGCCGUCUUGUCGCUUUUUGGUUAGUUUAAUUUUUUAAUUUUGUUGUUAGCGAUGCUACAGUCCAAAUAAUUUGAAGAAAACCUCGACGGAACCGAGCAGUCGAACGACCCACAAACCUGCUUCGUGGUUCGAAAAAGGUGAUCGGAUCGGAACCAUGGCAGCUACUUUAUCGGCCGAGGAAGAACAGGCCACCAGACAGUUCCUGGAGGAAAUCAACAAGUGGACGAGUCAGCACGGAGUGUCUCCGCUGUCCCGGGAGUUGGCCGUCAAGUUCCUGAUGGCACGCAAGUUUGACGUCCACCGAGCCAUCGAGCUCUUCCACAGCUACAGGGAAACACGUCUGAAAGAAGGAAUCGUCAGACUUCAGCCUCAGGAAGAACCUCUGCGUUCCGAGCUGCUCAGUGGAAAGUUCACAGUGCUGAGUGCGCGGGAUCCCUCGGGAGCCUCCAUCGCCUUGUACACGGCCAAACUUCACCACCCGACCAAGACGGGAAACCAUGUUGUCUUGCAGGCACUAUUCUACCUCCUGGAUCGCGCGGUGGAGAGCUUUGAGACCCAGAGGAACGGCUUGGUGUUCAUAUACGACAUGGCUGGAUCUAACUACACAAACUUUGAGCUGGACCUGAGCAAAAAGAUCCUCAACUUGCUGAAGGGGGCGUUCCCAGCCCGUUUGAAGAAAGUGUUGAUCGUCGGCGCCCCGGUUUGGUUCCGGGUGCCCUACAACCUGCUCAGCCUGCUGAUGAAGGAGAAACUCAGAGAACGGGUGCAGAUGGUGAAAAUGGCCGAGCUGCGCCAGCACCUCCCCAAAGACUGCCUUCCUCAGCACCUGGGCGGCCUGCUUCCCCUGGACGCCUACAGCUGGAACCAGCAGCUGCUGGCGGGCCAGAACGGCCACGUGGACCCUGUGGACGAGCUGGUGGGGAUUCCUUUGGAGGAGGCUUCCAUUCAUGUCCCGGGGCCCGAGUCCAUGCGGCCGCAAGAGCUGCUGGCGCACCUCGGCAGACUCCAGCGCUCUGGAAUCCACCAGGAGUACGAGGAGCUUCGGAAAGAGGCGCCGCCCGGGACCUUCCACUGCGCGCAAGCAGUCUACAAUCUGGAGAGGAAUCGCUAUGGAGACGUACUGUGCCUGGAUCAAACAAGAGUUCGCCUCAAACCCAGAAGGAACGAGAGAUCGGACUACAUCAACGCAAGCUUCAUGGAUGGUUACAAACAGAAGAACACAUACAUCGGUACUCAAGGCCCACUGGAUAAGACCUAUGGUGACUUCUGGAGAAUGGUUUGGGAACAAAAUGUGCUUGUUAUCGUCAUGACAACCAGGACUGAGGAGGGCAGUCGGAGAAAGUGCGGACAGUACUGGCCUCUGGAGGACGGCGGGCAGGAGGUUUACGGCCACAUAGCGGUGGUGAAUCAAAGGGUGGACAGCCACACCCACUAUAACCACACCACCCUCGAAUUGCACAACACUGAGACAUGUGAACAGAGGCAAGUGAGUCACUUCCAGUACCUCAGCUGGCCCGACUACGGCGUCCCCACAUCAGCGGUGACGCUCAUCGACUUCCUGGCAGCUGUGAAGAGACAGCAGAGGAAGAUGAUCGUGGCUUUGGGACCUCAGUGGACGGGCCACCCCCUGGGACCUCCCAUGGUGGUCCACUGCAGCGCGGGGAUCGGUAGAACAGGUACCUUCUGCGCGCUGGACAUCAGCCUGUCUCAGCUCCAAGACGUGGGCUCGCUAAACAUCUGCCAGACGGUGCGGCGCAUGAGAACACAGAGGGCCUUCAGUAUCCAAACCCCGGACCAGUACUACUUCUGCUACAAUGCCAUUUUGGAGCACGCCCAAAGGCAAGGCCUGCUCCCGGCCAAUCAGUGAGCUCCUAUCCCAACCUGAACCCCCUUUCUCCACCUGAACCAAUUCUGCUGUUCGCCCCCUAGACACGUGUAGUGUGACCAAUUACUUUUACUUCCUGGUGGCGGGCGGGCCCAUUUGUCAAGUAGGAUGAACGAGUGUGAAGUUGGUCCCCGCAUGCUAUGUCCACCAAACAUGUUGCCAAGUGGGCACACUGCUGUAGUGGCGAUGGGCAGUUUGACACAGUUCCGACCUAGUAGGGAUGUGGCUAGUAGAGUGCACUACUUAGCCGCCGCCAGCAUAGGCGCUGUUGAUUCAAGCAGACCUCUGUUAUAGCACGCCUCCGACUUAUUCUGCUCAGUAGUUGAAACAGGAGUUCAGAACAUUCACAGAGCAAUCCCGUUUGGAAAAAAAAAAAAAUCAGCCAAGUUCUUUUUUACCAAGUUAAAAGACAUUUACGACAGCUUUACGAUGUCUUGUGCAAAAUUCUGUAUUUGGAAUUGCAGUUCAAUUGAAAAUACACGAAGUGGUAUUCAAUCAAUUGCAAAACAGAGACAUUUCUUAUUUAUCACGUUUAACAAAGGUUUUGGCUUGAAUACUAAGCAAAUUCCCUCCUUUUGGAAUAAUUGACGAAAGUAAUGCAUUUCAACAUUUUCUAUAAUUACAAAUUUACAUUGCAUCAAAUUAAAUCAAUGAUUUUGGUCUUAAUUAGCGAUGGAAAAACAUUUAUAAUUAACCUAAAAUGUGUAACCAAGGUAAAAAAAACAAGAAGUGAAUAUAAUAAACUGAAUACCAAAUGUUUACGGCAUGAGGGUCAUAAUCAUUCAUAUUUUUUUUAAAAGUUCAGGCCAAAAGUUUGGACACACCUUCUCAUUCAAUGCGUUUUCUUUAUUUUCAUGACUAUUUACAUUGUAGAUUGUUACUGAAGGCAUCCAAACUGAAUGAUCACAUGUGGAGUUAUGUACUUAACAAAAAAGAUGAAAUAACUGAAAACAUGUCUUAUAUUCUAGUUUCUUAAAAAUAGUCACCCUUUGCUCUGAUUACUGCUUUGCACACUUGGUAUUCUCUCGAUGAGCUUCAAGAGGUAGUCACCUAAAAUGGUUUUCACUUCACAGGUGUGCUUAAGAGAAUGCCUCAGUUAUUUCAUGUUUUUGUUAAGUACAUAACUCCGCACGUGUUCAUUCAUAGUUUUGAUGCCUUACGUGACAAUCUACAAUGUAAAUAGUCAUGAAAAUAAACGCAUUGAAAUGAGAAGGUGUGUCCAAACUUUUGGCCUGUACUGUAUGUAAAGGUCAUUUUUUUGAACACAUAGAAAGCCGGAUUCUGGACUAUAGGAAUUUAAAUUCCUCGAAUUUGCUAUGAUAUUUCUUGUUUGCAAGCUCAAUUCAAAUUUGUGCAAGUGAGUUAGAAUUUGGGAGAAGUUACGAAUUCAAUUCAGAAUUCUGCACAAGCCAAAUAGCUAAGCAAGCGCGGGUAUUUUGGGUGGAAAAGUUUUGCUUUUAGAAAACCCCAAACUAAACCACUUUUAUUUUAGUUUUUUUUUUUACAUCACGAUUGUGCAUUUACUUUUUCAAAAUAAACAUUUAACAGCAUGUUCACAAACCCCUUACUGAUUGUAAUGUUGGUUCAUGACAUAUGUGGCAAAUGUGAAAUUAAACGUAAAUCUAAUCUCUUACUAUGUUAAACGUAGGCGUGGAGGCCGUUGUUUCAGGCUUUUGAUUGGCUAAAUACCACUUUUUUUUUUGUAUUGUGGACUUAAAUGAUAGGGUACACAAUAUUCCUUUAAUCAGAUGCACAAUUCCUAUCAGUCGGACCCAAGUCAGUAUCCAGCACAAGUGAAGAUGUCAAGUAGCUGCUACAAGCUAACGUGCGGACUGCGGACGUGUUACCACAACACAGCAGGGGUGUCUCGGCUCCUUUUUGCCUGCAAGGCAGCAAGCACAUGACCAAUUACUACAUUACCGUCAUACAUUCCUUCCUCUAAAAGGACACGUGGAUUCACUCCGAAAGACGAUGGUUAGACGCUUAUUUAGCAGUAUGGGAUUGUGUAGAGACACAGAUACACACACGCGGGUUUGUUUGGAGCGACUAUUGAAGCUGUUGAGACCUCAUGAGUGGUGCAAUAUUUUCUCCUUUUACACACACAAAGGGGGUAUUGGGGCCAUACUGAAAAUAAUAUGACAAGAGUCCUAUAGUGUUACAAGAAAAAUGUCAUAAAAAUAGGCGAACAAAAAAAACAAGUAUUCUUUCAUCUUGGUAAUACUACACUUUUAGUUCCCUCACAUAUUUUUUCUUUUAACAUCAUGACUAUUUUUGUAAUGCCAUUCUAUUCUCAUAUACAGGUGAAACAAAAUAUUUUUUUUUAUAUCAUACUUAUUUUUGUAUGCCAUCAAUUAGAUUUAUAAGGUUGAAACAAUGACACAGGCUUCAAGUCAAGAUAGAAUGACACUUAUUUUGAUGAUUAUGGCUUACAUGUUAUCAAAAUAAAAAUAAAAAAAUUCAACCAUUAUCGUCAAAUAACAAAUGAAGGCUAAACAUAUGAACUUUGCAUGUAAUGAAUGUAUAUCACUUGUUUUCAUUAAGUACCAUCUUGGAAAAAACUUGGCUCUCCAAGUAACACUUCGUAACCAACAUUAAAAUGCAGUAGCGUUGUAGGCCUAAGUAUUCAUUAAAAACAAGGCAGGGUUUUUAUUUCGCAAAUAUAUUUGGUAUUUUUGGCCACUGUAACAUUACACACUAUUUGAACAGUGACACUGGGGUUUAAAUAAAGGAAAAUAAAACGCUGUACUUUAAAGAAGUGAUCCUUUGGCGUACCACUCGAUGGAGCCGGCGUACACACUGGUGGUACACGUACCAGAGUUUGAGAAUCACAGGUUUGCGGCACAUGUUGGUUUCAUAUUUGAAGUGUAAUUGCCAACAUUAAUGGACUUUAUCAUUUAAAUUUUUGGAGUUUCACCUGUACAACCGUCGCAUCGCGCUUCAAAUCGCAGAUUUUUGGGGAUGUGAUUUUUAUUUUAUUUUUUGUCCUAAAUUAAAUAUUUUUUAAAGGGAACUGCACUUUUUUUGAUUUUUUAUGUUGUCUGUCUCAUAGACAAAAACAAGUUUUUUUUUUUUUGCAUUCUAAUUUAUCGGCUCGUCCUAGGUGGCUUGCAAUAGUGCUAAUGGUAGCAGUCGGUUCUGCCUCUAAACCACUAUCAAAAAGCAUCCAAAACCCGCCAUUAAUAUUUAAUUUACGUUCUGUAACCUGUAUAAUAUCCAAGCUGUAGCGACAUUGUUAUUGUAAGAGCGAACAAUGAGGAACUCUUUUUCUACCGUAGUAACAGGUCUUGCCACGGCUUGCUAUGGCAUUACCGUUCUGCGUUAAAAAAAAAAAAAAAAAAAAGGUAUUCUUGUCUCUCGUUAUGUUUGUGAAUGAUGGGAAAAAUUCAGAAAAAGCGCAAUUCCCCUUAAAGCACAAAAAUAGUUCAAUUACAAAAAAUAUCAAUCAGUAUCGUGGCCUGUGAUUGGCUGAACCUCAGCAUUACUCAAUUGGAUUAAAUGAGUGUAGAGGUAACUAUAUUGGUGUCAUUUCAUGUCAAGAGGGCUCCCAUAAUAUUAAGUAGGAAGUUAACAUUUUUUAUGCUCUAGCUAUGAAAAUAUUUGAUUUCUCAUGAAUGAUUCCCACUCUUCUAUUUCUAAUUCAAACAUUUCAAAUAUACAGUACACGCCAAUGAGUUUGGACACACCUCUUUCAAUGCGUUUUCUUUAUUUUCAUGACUAUUUACAUUUUAGAUUGUCACUGAAGGCAUCAAAACUAUGAAUGAAAACGUGGUGUUAUGUACUUAACAAAAAAAGGUGAAAUAACUGAAAACAUGUUUUAUAUUCUAGUUUCUUCAAAAUAGCCACCCUUUGUUCUGAUUACUUUUUUGCACACUCUUGGCAUUCUCUCGAUGAGCUUCACGAGGUAGUCACCUGAAAUGAUUUUCACUUCACAGGUGUGAUAGUUUUGAUGCCUUCAGUGACAAUUUAAAAUGUAAAUAGUCAUGAAAAUAAAGAAAGCGCAUUGAAAUGAGAAGGAGUCCAAACUUCUGGUCUGUACUGUACAUACAAUACUUUGCGGAAAUUAGUUUACCGCGGCCACAUUCGGAACCAAUAAACAGCUAUAAAGGAGGGACUACUGUGAUCAAUUUUUUCUUGCAACAUUGCAACUUUUUCUCAUAAUUUCAUUUAAUCCACAUAAAAAAAUUACUUUUCUCCAGUCAUGUCAACUUAAUUCAAGUAAAAUUAAGUUUGUAGUUUUGUAUUAAAGCUUUGUUCUUUUUAAAUUAACAUAUUUUUCUUCUAAUCUUACAACUUUAUUCAUGUUUUAUUUAUAUUUCUCCCCUGUUAACCUGUGAGUGGCCCCAUAACACUCCAUUUAAAGACACACACAGGCACUUUUAACCAACAUGCUUGUAGAUAACUGUGAUGGUUGGUCAUGUGACGUGUACAUAGAAAGACUUGAAGGAGAUGACUGAAGAAUGCAGACUUGUGCCUACACCCCCCUGUUCCUCACGUCGUCGUCCCCGAAUCCCAGAUCUAUUUUCAGUGCGUGUGUGAGUUCCAGACUGUGGUUGAUUGUGUGCUUUGUUCUAAAGUUAAUGUAUGUACAAUAUCAGAGUAUACUGUGUCAUUCACCGUCUCGUUGUUCAGGUCAAGAUUAUUAUUUUUUUUUUUUUGUAAUAACUACAGAAUUCAUAUUGAAUUUACUUGUAGUGAAGCCUUUCAUGAUUUUACUUUGCCAAAAUGUGGCCUCUUUUUAUUUUUCUAUGCUAUUCAACCCCUGUUUUCAUACGGGAUUUACAGUUAUCUACAUUAAUUUUAUAUAUUUGUUCCGUUUAUUAUAACCUGUUACUGCAUCGUUUGUAAGAUGUAUUUACCCAAGCUAUACUGUAAUAAACAACUAUUGUCAACGUC